UCUCUCUCUCUCUCUCUCUCUCUCUCUCUCUCUCUCUCAUACAAUAAACGCGUCAGUGGUUUUGAAGAAAGAGCCAAUUAAACGCUUUUGUAAUUUAGGAGCUCGUCGCCACCGUUUCGACAUUGAAAUUCAAAACAACCCGAUGGAUUCAUCACAGAAAAACAGAGAGAAGAAAAGAAAUGGUUGGACCAGAGAGGCCACAGUUCGUGCUCUUUGGAUCAUCAAUAGUUCAGUUCAGCUACAGCAAUGAAGGCUGGGGUGCUCUUCUUGCUCACAUCUAUGCUCGCAAGGCAGAUAUAAUAUUGCGAGGAUAUUCGGGUUGGAAUUCAAGGCGUGCGGUGCAGAUUCUUGACCAAGUUUUUCCAAAGGAUGCUGCCAAACAACCUUCCUUGGUAAUAGUCUAUUUUGGCGGUAACGAUUCUACCCAGCCUCCUGCAACUGGACUUGGUCCUCAUGUACCACUUUCUGAGUACAUUGAGAAUGUCAGGAAGAUUGCUAUACAUCUCAAGAGCCUUUCGGAGAAGACUCGCGUCAUCUUUCUCACCGCUCCUCCUGUCAGUGACGAACAAAUUCGUGCCCAUGUGGGUGAUCUAAUAGAUAUGGUUCGAACAAAUGAGUCCUGCCGGAUAUAUUCAGAAGCAUGUUUAGAGGUGUGCCGUGAGAUGAACCUGGAGGCAAUUGAUCUUUGGACUGCAACGCAGCAAAUUGAUAAUUGGGAAACUGUUUGCUUUACGGAUGGAGUCCAUUUUGCACCGGAGGGGAGCAAGAUAGUCGUCAAGGAGAUUCUAAAAGUCAUCAAAGAGGCCAACUGGGAACCAAGUCUUCAUUGGAGGGCAAUGCCUACUGAAUUUUCCGAGGAUUCGCCGUAUGAUCCGGUCAGUCCUGAGGGAAAGACCGUAAAUGUCUCUGAGCUUGAUUUGCUCGGAAGUUUUCCGUGGGAAUAGAACCCAACAAUCACUAUUUAUUUUUUCCCUUUACUGGGAGGUGCGUCAUCUUGAUGUUUAACCGUAUCAUUCUGGAUAUUUUCAUCACCACAUACUAAAACAUAAACAUAGCUUUCAGAUCA